AUGGCUACGGCUGCGACGACAUCGCCGCCGCCCGGGGCCUCAUCCCCGCCCAGGGCGAUUCAACGCAAACCUAUACACGCGCAAGACCCGUCUCCGCCGCGGUACCGAUGGAGUGAUACCACUGAGGAUUCCGUGUCCAAGCCGUUGCCAGUUGCGCCCGUCGAGUCCCCCACGAUCAAAGGUGCACCCGUGUCUCCUGUUCGACUCAGCUUCCACCCAGAGAACUGGGCACAACCAUCUAAUGCGAGUAUUGAGGGCGGGGCAGAAGCACUCCAGCCCGCACUCGAGACUUAUUCUGAUCGUGAACUGCCAAAGUCACCAGAUGCUCCUCCACCGCCGCCACACAGUCCGAUGCAUCCGGGUGCCUCCCAGGCCUCGCUCCCGAAACAACGCCGUCCGUCAAUACAGCAGAGCCUGGCAAAACCCCUACCGCCUACGUUUGCAGUGGACUUGCCGCAUAGGACUGGCGAAGAGAAGCCCGUGAACCCCGCGAUAAUUCAGGUUAGGACUGUAGCAGGCCACAAGGACGAGACUGCCGCACCAGAAUCAGGCGACCGGAACUUACAUGAAACAUCGCACAACCAUGACCAAAACCGACACAGCCGGGAAUCGGGAACAACUGCUAGCACGCAGCAGCAGGCUUCUUCAGGGUCAUCUGCUGGAACAAAUCCGAGCUCAGUUUCUCAAGAUGCUUCUGAGAGUCAAAUCCUGACAGAGGGCACUUCUCAGGAUGAGUCCAUCAUCGAGGGAGGCCUGGAGGAAUCCGAGCCGGUGCCCCAGUUGCAGUAUCAUCAUCAACCGGUGCUUCCGGUCCCUCGAACUGGCAGCGUUCCUUUGCCGACGAACUCGCGAAACUCGUCAACGACAGACCUUGCCGAACACGGAAUGGCCAUCAACCGCCAUCUGACACCCAACUCGGUCUAUCAGAGGAGAAGCUCCAUGCCACGUCCUGCUUCCGCAUACUCUGUGUAUUCCAUGUCGGGCCAGGGCGUACACGGUCGCUCUGUAUCAUCGCAGGCUCGAAGAUCGCCAGAAACCCGCCCAAUCUCUUACGCUGAACUUCUCAAUGUACCGUAUCCCCAGCCAGCUCCAGCACCUCUGAACAUUGACAACUCGCAACUUCGCAACAACGUUGGAAACAAUGCAUCCCUCCUCAGCGCGCAAAAGACGUUGGAGAUGUAUAGGCAAAAUGUCAAGAAGACAAACGAUUUCUCAAUCCAGUAUUCGUUUGCCGUUUUCCUCAUUUCCACCGCCCAGGAACAGGGGCUAUCGCAUGAAGAGCCUGCGAAAAAGAAGGUUUCCAAGAACGGACGAGAUGGUGGAAGUCCGGACGGAAGAAGCGCUGAAUCGUCACCUGCAGAGCUGGUACGAGAAGCCAAAACCAUACUGACAAGGUUAGCCAAUGGCGGUUAUCCAUUUGCUCAGUACUACUUGGCAGACGGCUACGCUUCAGGUCUUUUCAACAAGGGCAAGGAAGACUAUAAUGCGGCUUUCCCCCUCUUUGUUCUCGCUGCAAAGCAUGGCCACGCUGAGUCUGGGUUCCGUGCCGGCCUCUGCUAUGAAUUUGGCUGGGGUUGCCGAAAGGAUCCAGCAAAAGCCGUCCAGUAUCUCAGAACAGCUGCCUCAAGAGGCCACCCAGGAGCAAUGACAAGGCUUGGCAAGGCAUGUUUGUCUGGAGAUCUGGGAGAAAAUCGUUACCGGGAGGGUAUCAAAUGGCUCAAGCGAGCAACCGAGGCAUCUGAUGCAAUGUACAACGCCGCCCCGUAUCAACUCGGUGUACUCUAUGAAACUGGCUACGGUGACGAUAUAUUCAAGGACGAGAGCUACGCUGCGGAGCUCUUCACUCAGGCCGCCGAGCUCGGCCACGCCGAUGCAAACUAUCGUAUGGGCGAUGCUUAUGAGCACGGGAAGCUGACUUGCCCGCGAGACCCUGCCCUAAGUGUCCAUUUUUACACUGGCGCGGCAGAAAAGGGCCAUGCAGCUGCCAUGAUGGGUCUCUGUGCCUGGUACAUGGUCGGUGCUGAACCAAUCCUUGAGAAGGACGAGGAAGAGGCCUACGAAUGGGCUCACAGGUCAGCGGAUCUCGGUUUUGUGAAGGCACAAUACGCCGUGGGCUACUUCACCGAGAUGGGCAUUGGCUGCCGACGGGACGUCUUGGAGGCCAAUGUCUGGUACGUCAAAGCGGCCGAUUCUGGAGACGAACGUGCCAAACAGCGACUCGCUGCAAUUCGUGCUGCUGUCAGUGGCGGCACACCUAUGGAGGUCGCUCCUCCACGGAACGCAAAGAUGAAGAAGGCUCCGCCCAAGGAGGUGAAGGACGAAAAGGAUUGCAUCGUAAUGUAG